CUCAGCACUAAACAUGGCGUGCGACAUUUUCUGUGGACCUUGCAGUUUUUUACAGCGGAGAAUCCGAGAUUAUGAAUCAAGUCCCGAUGUUGAUCAGCUAGCUCGCCAACAACCUUCUCCUGUUUGAUGGCACAGGUUUUCCUCCAAGAUCUCAAUCGUCUUGCCAGCGCUUGUUCUGCAAAUUGAUACGGUUCUUAAGAAGCUGCUCCUGAAGCGGAUGCAUGCCUGCCAUAAUGGCACGAUACUCUAGAUCAAGGACACCUCCAAAACGACGUCGUCAGAGAUCUUACACCAGUAGCUCCAGUUCAAGAUCCAGAUCCAGGUCUAGAUCUCCACAGAGAGGACGUUCCAAAUACCAACCGCAGAACAAAAAGGGCGCCAGAGGGCGCUCUCGUUCGCGAUCCCGAUCGCCUGUGAGGAAGGACCGCAAAGGACGGGGCUACAACAAGCAGCAGAAGCGACGUUCCAGAUCCUUCUCGCCAAGAAGUCGUAGGUAUGGCGGGACGAGCAAGGCGAGGUCGAGGUCCCCGUCGAUGUCCAGGAGGAAUGACAGCUACAAAUCCCCACUUGGCGACGUUAGGGUUAAGAAUGAAAAAGUCAACUACAAACAGGAUGCGCAACCGUUCCUACCUCCUAAAAACCAGGUGGACGUCCGAGGAGGUUAUCAAUUAGCAGCUGCCGGGCAGCAGACACAUCAAGACAACAGGCUGAGACAGCCAAAUGAAUCCAGGCUUCCUCCAGCAGAUAAUAACAUGUACAGAAAUGACUUUGAUAAAAGAGCCCAGAUGCCAGGACAGUUUUAUGGACCUCAAUCCCCUCCCAGGGAGAAAGGCUACGGCAAAGAAAGUUUCAGGGAAAAGGAAAAGACAAAAUACGAAGCCGUGUCCCCGGAAGAUCUGCACUUUACCAAAUCUCCACAGCGGAGUAGCUCGCCGUACAGUCGUAAAACGAUGAAGAUCAAGGAAGAACCGAUGUCAAAACCGUUAUACCCAAACCAAGAAUCCUACGGCCCUGCUGAGCCUCAAAAAGUAAAGAUGAACCCACCACCCAUCAUUCGACCGAUAUUUGAUCCCUACUCUGUAAAGAUUCCCCGCCGCAAAGAUGAAGGAUUGAAAGAAAUAUUUGACCGGCCCGAGUUGAAGGGGCGUUGUGUCCCCGAGGAGACCGAGGUUGCCCCUGAAAAGAGAUUCGUAGCAGUUCAAGAGAAGAAAGAGCCAGUCGUGUACAGGCAGGACGUGCACUUUACCGGCACUCUACCUAGCGGCACCCUUACGCCACAAGCGCAGGCCAGGGAGUUCAUCGACCGGCGAGACUCUGCUCCUCUGAACUUUGAACCUCAGAGGAUGCCGUACAUCACUCCAAACCACCAGCAGUUUCCCUUGAGAGGAAACCAGGACAUGGUCGGCAGCGGCCAGUAUCCGAGUCAACCGUUGACCUACCAGGUCCAGCCCAACGAGCAGUUCCAGUCGGUCAAGGAUGUACAGCAUCUGGCAGACUACAGACAGGCGACGUUCGUCCGUGGUCCGUCACCGCCUAAUCCGUCGCCUCAGCUGAAUAAUUUUGAUGACUCCAUCUCCUAUCAGUAUCCUCCGGAUGAUCUGCACGACUUCAAGGGUCACCACGACCUCCGGCAUGACCUUGAGACUCGCCGCAAGCAGAUUGAGCAGCAACAUCUUCCGAUGAGGAGUAUCUCCAAAUCAAGGUCCAGAUCCAGAUCCCUGCGAAGGAGCAACAACCGCUCCCUGUCUCCGCUGCCGCACUACAAGAAUUCCUCGUACCAGCGAAGCAGGUCAAAGUCCUAUGACCGCUCUGACUCGAUGAGAUCGAGGGAUCGCAGACCUGUUCUUGAGAGGCUCGGUGACGUGCCAAAAGGAUCAAGAAACAACUCUUUCUCCGAUGACGGUGGGAAGACGACUGAUUGGAGAAGCAAACAGAAGAACUACUUCUUUCAUGACAGGGAAGAUCGCUCCAAUUCCCGGGACAGAGACAACCGCGACAAAGGCAAGAAAGCGACAAAAUUCCCAAACUCGACGCGGGGAGUCGUCCGUGGGCGUGGCCGGGGCUACCUUGGCAAGAACUUCAUCCCGGGAUUCAAGCGAGGAGUGACGCGAGGAGGCGUCGGGAGAUACCAGCGAGGCGGUGUUGGACGAACAAUGACGACAGGCUUCGGGAAGAGUGACAACAGCAGCAGGACGUGGACCCACGACUUGUUUGAUAAGGAGAAGGAUCUGGACGAUAGAGGGGAUGAGAGUAAGAAAGACAGGAAGAAGGUGAAGAGAGACGGCAAGGAAAAAGAUAAGAAGGUUUUAAAACUAAAGGUGAAGAAGAGCAAGAAAGUGAAGAAGAGUCCAAGCCACAACCAAACUGAUGGAAAAGACAAAACGAAGAAUGAUAUCCAGCCGCAGAGUGCGAUGACAUAAAAACAACCCAGUCGAGCGUAAUCCGCUCUCCCUCAAUGAUGGACUUUAAGACCUACAUUUGUACAUAUAUCUAGUAUAUCUAAACAUGGAGCGGGAUACCAACGAUUUUCCCCUUCAUCCUUGUAGCGUCCAUUGCUGGCCAGUAUUUAUGUUAACAGUGGAACCGGUGGAAGUGGGAAAGAAUAAUUGGAAACCAUCGAUUGACCUUGGUUGACCUCUAUUGGCCUUGGUUGACCUUGAUUGACCUUGGUUGACCUUGGAAAGAUCAAGAUGGUUGGUAGCAUCAAAGUUAAAAAGAGACGAGUAGAUGUUGCUGCUAUGGGAGACUUUUGGAUGGUCCUUUGUUACAUUUCUCGCCAGUAGUGCGUGUGCUCAGAUCUACGUGCACAAUGAGCAUGUGCGCGCCAAUCAGAGCCACAAAAAAGGGAUGUUAAAGUCUCCCAUUAAAUAAGUGUUUUUGACGACAUGAGAAUGUUUUAUGAUAUGAUGAUCCAACUGCUUCAGUGCAAGGGCGUAGCAAAGGUAUUUUUGAUUGGUUGUGAUUGGGGUGGGGCGGGAAGGGGGAAGGUAAUGAAAGUGAACUUGUCACAAGACAUUUUUUCUUGUGACCUCGCUCUCAAACCCCAGCCUACAUUCCCAAGUCACUGCGGCCGAGCUCCCAAAAUCCCCCCCCCCCCCCUGCAAAUUAUUUUGUUUACCAUCAAGUUUGUAGUGUGGUACAACACAACCAGAAGGUUACACCCCUAUGUUCCGAAACCUCCAUGUUUCAACAACCAUAUAUUCCCUAACCCUAACCCUAACCCUACCCCUACCUCAACGUGUAAAUUUUCAGAUAUUUUUCGGAACAUGUAGGGUGUCGGAACAUACGGGUGUCGGAAUAGAGUAGGCGCCAAGCAUUUCUUUUUUAAGUUUACUGCAUGCUUUUUUGUAGUUUACUGAAUGAGCUGUUGAUCAUCAAGUAGAAAUAUUCUGUAAAAUAAGACAGUGUCCGUAUUGGUGUCGGAGCAAAUAGGCUCAUAGCAACAGCCAGAGCAACAGCCGCAGCUGUAGCCACCAAUUCGGACCUGGCUUAAGUUUGUUCAUUGAGUAGUGUAUUUAUAUGUUUGCAAUAAAUAGUGUGCUUUAAAGACAAAGGGUGGGUCAGGAUACCAGUCUCUGAACUUAUCUAGAUGUGGCCCUUUUGGAAAUCAUUAUUCAAGCCAUUGUUCGGAAACCGUUUGUGGUAAUUGUUUCCUACAAACUCGUCCCCGAAGCAAGUUGCUCCAUUAAUUAUCCAUUUUGGUAAAAGCCACUAGACUCUAUUGUUAAUUACUCAAAAUAAUUAUUAGCAUAAAACCUUACUUGGUCGUGAGUAAUGGAGAGCUGUGGAUAG